AUGUCUUUGGCUACUGCAGACAUUCAGAAGGCUAAGAGUGUUUGGCAGAAAUUUUAUGUAAAUGCUGAGGACAAUGGAGCCAUUGUAUUGAGCAGAAUGUUCAAAGAACACCCACAUACUGUGAGCUGCUUCACAAACUUCAAAGAACUACAGUCCAUUGCAAGAACUGCCUCAGUUACAGAACUUGAAGGCCUAUCAGACGUUUGCACCCAUGGCAAGAAAGUUUUGUCAUCUCUGAAUAAUAUGGUACAGCAAGUGGACAAUAUGGAUGCUUUAAAAGCUACUAUUGAGCCUUUAGGCAAGAAGCAUGCUGUGGAACUCAAAGUGGAUGUAAAGGAAUUUGAAAAUGUUCAAAGAACACCCACAUACUGUGAGCUACUUCACAAACUUCAAAGAACUACAGUCCAUUGCAGGAACUGCCUCAGUUACAGAACUUGAAGGCCUAGCAGAAGUUCGCACCCAUGGCAAGAAAGUUUUGUCCUCUCUGAAUGAUAUGGUACAGCAAGUGGACAAUAUGGAUGUUUUAAAAGCUACUAUUGA